GACCGCGUCCGCUCCUUCCCUUUCCCGGAACUGCUCUAUCUCAGCCGUCGAAUUCUAUGGUCCCUGCGGCGCCUGUCUGCCUCGCGCUGUAGCGUCUCCAUAGUUCCAUUGGUGGGCGGGCUGAGAAGGGGAUCUCAUGAAUAUUCAGACCGAGUGAUGGGUAUUCAUCACGUGGCGCUGGGGGCGGGGCAGGACGCUGGCGAUGUGACGGUCUCUUUCGGACUCUGGCCCGGGCGGCGGCGGCGAGGGGGCUCGGGUCGGGUGGUGCUGGGCUCAUGGCUGUCGGGAGCGCGGCGGUAGGGAGCGCCGGCAGCCGCAGGCCCCAGCCCCAGCUGGACCUACAGUUCCUGCGACGCUUCAGGAAGAUCCAGGCCAUCUUGUUUCCCAGAUGGUCCUCCCAGAAUGUGCUCAUGUUCCUGACCCUGAUGAGCAUUGCCCUAUUGGAGCAGUUGGUCAUUUACCAGGUGGGAUUGAUCCCCAGCCAAUACUACGGGGUCCUGGGGAGCAAGGACUUCUCUGGGUUCAAAACCCUGACUGUGAUUGCUGCGAUACUCAUCAUACUCAAUUCCACGCUGAAAAGCUUGGACCAGUUUAUCUGUAACCUGAUGUAUGUGAGCUGGAGGAAGACUCUCACCGAAUACCUUCAUGGCUACUAUUUCCAGGGCCAGGUGUAUUAUACCCUGAACGUGCUGCGUGAGGACAUCGAUAAUCCAGACCAGCGAAUCAGUCAGGAUGUGGAGAGAUUCUGCAGACAGCUAAGCUCCAUGGCCAGUAAACUCAUCAUCUCUCCUUUUACACUGGGCUACUACACCUAUCAGUGCUUUCAGAGCACGGGCUGGCUGGGCCCAAUAAGUAUCUUUGGGUAUUUUGUCAUUGGGACUGUUGUUAACAAGGUGCUGAUGAGUCCCAUUGUGUCAAAACUGGUGCAUCAGGAGAAGCUGGAGGGGGAUUUCAGGUUCAAGCACAUGCAGAUUCGUGUAAAUGCAGAGCCAGCUGCUUUCUACAGAGCUGGGCAGGUAGAGCACAUGAGAACUGAUCGCCGGCUGCAGAGCCUUCUGCAGACACAAAGGGAGCUGAUGGGUAAAGAGCUGUGGCUCUACAUUGGGAUCAACACCUUUGACUAUCUGGGCAGCAUUCUGAGUUACGUGGUGAUUGCCAUUCCCAUCUUUAGUGGUGUCUAUGGCGACCUGGGUCCAGCUCAGCUGAGCGCUCUGGUCAGCAAGAAUGCCUUUGUCUCCAUAUACCUUAUCAGCUGCUUCAGCCAGCUCAUCGAUCUCUCCACCACCUUGUCUGACGUGGCUGGCUACACGCACAGGAUUGGGGAGCUGCAGGAGACACUGUUGUCUCUCUCCAGGAAACACCGUGAUUGUGAAUCAGAAGCCAAAACCAACUGGGACUUUGACAAGUGUUUGGGCUCCAGUGGUUUUGGAGAGCAGACUGUGCUGGGGGAAACAGCCUUCCUCCUGGAGCGAGUCUCUCUCUCGGUUCCAUCCUCGGACAAGCUGCUCAUCAAGGACCUGGACCUACGGAUUUCCCAAGGGAACAAUCUGCUGAUCGUAGGGAACACUGGCACGGGGAAGACGUCGCUCCUGAGGGUCCUUGGUGGCCUCUGGGAGAGCACACUGGGGAACAUCCACAUGCUGACCUGCUUUGGCCCCCAUGGGGUGGUGUUCCUGCCGCAGAGACCUUUCUUCACAGAUGGAACCCUGCGAGAGCAGGUGAUUUAUCCUCUGAAGAAGAUUUAUCCAGUUUCAGGGUCUGCAGAUGAUGAGAGGAUCCUGCAUUUCCUGGAGCUGGCUGGGCUGUCUGAGUUGUUGGUGCGCACAGGGGGUCUGGACCAGGAGGUGGAUUGGAACUGGUAUGACAUCCUGUCCCCAGGGGAGAUGCAGAGACUCUCAUUUGCAAGGCUCUUCUACCUGCAACCCAGAUAUGCAGUACUGGAUGAAGCCACCAGUGCUCUGACAGAGGAGGUGGAGAAUGAGCUAUACCGUACCUGCACUCAACUGGGGAUGACACUAGUCAGUGUGGGACAUCGCACCAGCCUGGAAAAGGUGAGACAGAGAGUGGCAGACCUAUUUCCAUCAGCAGAGCGGUGUGGGGGGCUGUUAGCUCCUGGACUGCAUGUGGGACUGAACAGGGCAGGGAAGGGCAGGUGGAUGAAUGGCCUAGGCAUAUGUUGUCAGUGGGUGGAUGGCGUGGAGUUGGGCAGGGAGGGAGAGGGAUGGUGGGAUGUAUAUGGGUCAGCUCCUGGGGAGGAAGUGGCUCCCCCCUUUGAAGCCAAUGCACUCAGUUGUGUGUUGCUAAAUUGCAGUUUCACAGUUGGAUUUUGAAACUCUCCGGAAGAGGAAGAUGGGAACUAACGAGAACCGAGAGAGUGAGGCGGCUUCCAGCCAGUGAGGGGUGCUGAAAAAAGUACCGAGGCUUGAGACUGGUUAAUUACCCAGGAGCUGCAGAAACGACCUGUGCCACAGGAGAUACCUGAUUAGUAGAACUGUAGGAACUGCAGAGCCACCAGGAGCCAAUAAGUAUUCAGGGAGGAGAGUGAUGGUUUCUGGAUUUUACUGAAGGAACCAGGGCUGAGUCUUUCCUUUCUGCCUGUUGUCCAAACUGCUGCUUGUUGGGUGCUGCUGAGAGUGGAGGCUUCUGUCCCUCCCAGAGAGGGGCUUCUCCUCAAACCAUUCCCCUAGCAUCUGAUCCCUUCUUCUUGCCUGUCAUGGUAGGGGGGAGCAGAAGGAGCCCCACUUCUUUCUGCCUUUGAGAGGGGAUAACUUUGGAUGGAGUGGGGGAAUUCCUGGGUGCCAGGAGAAGGCAUCAUUUGGUGCUAUGCAAAGGCAGGGCCAGUGCUGCCUGCACUUGACUGCAGUGUGGUGCUGGCUCAGAAAGGACCAUGGUCUCCACAGGGACCAUUAUCAUUUGGGCCUGAGACUGGAAUCUGCUUGGAUGGACAGGGCCCAUGUCUCCUCAUUCUGUUCAGGGUUAUGCUCAGCACAUGGUGGAUUAGUCCAUGGAGUUUGUCGUCUUCCCCCCAGGAUGAACCUCACUAGAAGCAUUUUGCAUGAAAAUCCCAGGCCUGUUCGCAUGGGGUAUGUAUGGCAGCAUUCAUCAAGCAGCCUGAGCUGGUGCCAGACAGCAGCCACCGCCUCCUGUCAUCCUGCACUAGGGCUGGCCUCUGUGGGCAACUGCAGCAUCCAAGUGCCACAAGCUGGUGGCCCUGGGCUACCAGAGCAGGGGUGAGUGGAAGCUGGGCUGGAGCCCCUGGCCAGGGGCUGGGCAGUGCUGCCCCGAACUGCCAGCCUUUCUGGGAGGUGCAGGUCAGCAGGGCUCACCCCUGCAGAGCCAGUGGGCCAGCCCUGGGUCCCCCCCUUCCAGUGCACCUACUCUCCUCCUCCUAGGUGUGCAGGGAUGUAUGGCCAGGGGAGACCCUGGGGUCAAACUUCUCCCUGUGCAGCCUGGCAGGCACCUGAUCCCUGCACCCCAUGCUUCAGUUCUCAAACUCCAAAGAAAGGCUGACUCUGUCUGCAGUGACACCCCUCCCCCACACAGAGCUGUGGCAGUGGGUUUGGAGCAGCUGCUGGAAAAGUGUCAGCGAUUAGUGUUCUACAUGGACAUGCUGGAUCUGGGAGCCAUCCUGAAGAGACGCCUCCAAUUUGGGGUUAACCAACCUCUGCCCCCUUUCUCGUUAUCCAGAUGCUGGGAGGGGUAUGGUGGCUUCUCACUAAGGCCUUCUGCUUCUCAGGGAGGAAGCAGGGCCCCCUUCCUCACCUCCCUGCCUGCCUCACCCUCACUCUUACUGCCCCCAGACGUGGUCACUUCUCAGAGGAGUGGUCUGCUUUGGAGGUUAGUCCAAGGUCUUCAGUGCCGGUGUAAAAAAUAAAGGUCUGAUCUCAGCUGAA